AUGAAAGCUAGGGGUGGUAAUAGCAGCACCAACAGUCAUAAUCACGGAGGGAUCGAUGUGCUCUGUUUGAAUGCUGCGGUUUUGUUGGGCGAAGACUCCAAAGCGGAGUUCACAGAAGAUGGUAUCGAAGUAACGUUCCAAACCAAUCACUUGGCUCCGUUUCUAAUCGCAAAUCUACUAUACGAUUUGAUCAAUCCGGGUGGUCGAGUGGUCGUCACAUCUAGUGGGCUCCAUGCCUUCUGUGACUUUCAGGAAUUUCGAGGGUGCCAAUUGGGUGGAAAGGCGACAAAGGGUUUUGAAAUGAUUAAUGGUGAAGAGUUCAAUCACAAACAGAGCUACGCCACAACGAAACUCUGUAAUGUUGCCUUUUGUUUCGGGUUGAAUCGACGGCUUCGAUCGAAAAAUGCUCGAGCUGUUUCCUUCACUCCUGGAUUGAUCCCAUCGUCGGGUCUCUUUCGCCACCAAAAAAACUGGAUGGCAACUGCGAUGAAAAAACAGGCAGUAGGAAUGGAUGACACUGUAGAAUGGGGCGGUUGUAUGCUUGCCUGGAUGGUGCUGUCAGAAAGAGUGGUUAUGAAUGAUCCCCAAGUUGAGAACAGUACAUAUUGGAGGGCACCUCUCGGAAUAUCGAAACGUGGUGGCAAAAUACCAGAAGACUUAUUCCAAACGCCCGUGAAUGAAGCUGCAUUGGAACGAAGGAAUCAAGAGCUUUUGUGGAGAAUAUCGUCAGACUUGGUGGGAGUAUCAUACAACGAAAACACAGCGAUAUCACAACAAGACCAUAUAAUAGACCAAUAG